AUGCAGGUGGGUUACAAAUUGUUUGUUUCAAUUGAAAGUUUCAUAUUAUUCAUUCCAGUUGAUCUUGCUUGUAAGGACUGUAGAACUCACACAGCAUUGCGUUUGUCGUACCCAAAGGCUUCAGAUUUGUAUAAACCAUCUGGUUUGCCUCCUAUUCCUGUAAUUAAGCCCCACAUUAAAUGGGCCGAGAAGCAAAUACCGAAAAAGUCGCAUAAGUCAGCCUCUCUCUUUCUAUAUGCUACAGCUCGAGUAUGCAAGCUACCGCCUGCAGACUCCAAUUUGCUUCUUGAUAAUGCAUGGUCGAUUUUAAAGACUUCCCAUUUUAUGUGCAAAAGGGAGUGGGUAAAACUGUCACGGGCAUGGAAGACGCUUAUUACGGAUGGAUUUCUCUGA